GAGAGAGAGAGAGAGAGAGAGAGAGAGAGAGAGAGAGAGUUCUAGCGUCACUUCAUCUGCGGCGUCGCGCACUAACGAUUUUCUCCUCCUAUCCUGCACCCGUUCCUAUUGCACGACUUCUCUCCUCGGAGCCACACGUCUGCACACACCUUCUUUUGUAACUCGAAGCGGAAACACAUACAGUCUUUUCUGCUCCUCCUUGUACACAAGACACCAUGGGGAAACAGAACAGCAAGCUGACCCCUGAGGCGCUGGAUGACCUGGUAAAGAGCACAGAGUUUAAUGAGCAUGAGCUAAAGCAGUGGUACAAAGGCUUCCUAAAGGACUGCCCCAGUGGCCGCCUCAACCUUGAUGAGUUCCAGCAGCUAUAUGUGAAGUUUUUUCCUUAUGGUGAUGCAUCUAAGUUUGCCCAACAUGCCUUUCGGACCUUCGACAAAAACGGAGACGGCACCAUCGACUUCAGAGAGUUUAUCUGUGCUCUGUCCAUUACAUCCCGAGGCAGUUUCGAACAAAAACUCAACUGGGCCUUCAACAUGUACGACCUGGAUGGAGACGGCAAGAUCACACGAGUGGAGAUGCUGGAGAUUAUUGAGGCGAUCUACAAAAUGGUGGGCACUGUGAUCAUGAUGAAGAUGAAUGAGGAUAGCCUUACCCCUGAGCAACGGGUCGACAAAAUCUUCAGCAAGAUGGAUAAGAACAACGAUGACCAGAUCUCUUUGGAGGAGUUUAAAGAGGCAGCAAAGAGCGACCCAUCCAUCGUAUUACUGCUGCAGUGUGAUCUGCAAAAAUAAGAGUGGCAUCCGAGCGAACACCACAGACUGCACCGAAGAUCAAUGUUCCAUUCAGUUUUCAGCUAUUAACCACUGAAAAAAAAAAUAGCUUGGACUACCUUUCAAUAGAUCUGCUUCCUGUGUUUGAAACACUUGUGUGAAUGAGAAUGUUCUUUGCAAACCAAUUUUAGACAUGCACGGACAGAAGCACACACCUCCUCACACAGAUACAUGCACAGUUGAGGCUCUCACAGACAGACAGAAGGACAGACACACACACACACACACACUCACACACACACACACACACACACACACACACACACACACACAUAGUUCAGAAAGAUAUAAUACA